AUGCCAGCAGACCAGUUCCUCCCGGCCAUCGGCCACGCCGUAUCCGGCGCGACCGGGACGGCCAUCUCCACGACCGCCACGUACCCGCUCGACCUCGUCAACACGCGGCUGAAGGUGCAGCGACAGUUGCGCAAGGACGGCACCAUCUCGCCCUCGGAGCAGUAUGCGGGCAUCACGGACGCUAUAUCGCGCAUCUACGAGCGCGAGGGCGGGUUGAAGGCAUUCUACGCCGGCCUGGGGUCAGACAUCUUCAAGGGCGUGGCAGAUAGCUUCUUGUUCUUCCUUUUCUACAACUGGUUCCGCACAAAGAGGUCACAAGGGAACAGCAGGCGCCUGGCCGCCUGGGAGGAGCUCGCCGUGGGUGCCGCGGCCGGCGCGUGCGCGCGGCUGUUCACGACGCCGAUCGGCAACGUGGUCACGCGGAAGCAGACGGCGUCGCUCAUAACCGACGAAGGCGACACCGGUGCCGCCGACGGGACGAGCCAGGCCGGGCGCGGCCUGUCGUUCGCGGAGAUCUUGCACGUCAUCCGGGCAGAGAAGGGCGUGCUAGGACUGUGGGCGGGUUACAGCGCCACGCUCGUGCUGACGCUCAACCCGAGCAUCACGUUCUACCUGCAGCACGCGCUCAAGAAGGCGCUGGUCGACAGGGGCCGGGAGGGCGAGUCCAAUGGUGCUACGUUUUUGGUCGCGGCGCUGAGCAAGGUCAUCGCGACUGCGGUGACGUAUCCCUUCCAAAUCGCCAAGGCGAGGGUGCAGGUCUCCGCGCCGGAGAGCCCGAGGCCGGAGCUGGAGGAGGAGAAGAAGGAGGCCUCGACCGAGGCGGGAGAGGAAGAUAUGCUCGUGGUCGAACAGAAUGUCGGCAAGGUCGAAAGCAAAGCCCAGGCGCUCGCCGGACGUAUCCACAGAUUGGCCGAUGACACCAUUUUCGGGACGGUCUUACACAUAGGGAGGACCGAAGGAGCCCCGGCGCUUUACGACGGUAUCAGCGGGGAGUUGCUCAAGGCGUUCUUUAACCACGGGACGACGAUGUUAUCGAAGGAGAUCGUGCACAAGUUGAUUGUUCAGCUGUAUUUCUUCGUCCUGGCUAGGAUUCGCAGCUCGCCCACCGCGCAGGCCCUGCUUCGGCGGCGGUCUAGGGAGGACCUGAAGAUGCUGGGGAAUAUCCAGCUUGCUGAGAGGUUCGCGAGGAUCAAAGAUGGAACUCUUGUUUUGGGCCUGUUGGAGCGCACACAGAAAUUGAUUGUGACGAAAUAG